GUCCUCUGUGUCCUCCAGGCUUCCUGCUGUUCAAAGACUUCUGUAUGAAUGAGAUCGACGAGGCCGUGCCGCAGCUCAAGUUCUACGAAGAAAUUAAGGACUACGAAAAGCUGGACUCGGAGGAGGAGAGGCUGAGCCGCAGCCGGCAGAUUUACGACGGCUACAUCAUGAAGGAGCUGCUGUCCUGUUCACAUCCGUUCUCAAAGAAAGCCGUGGACCACGUGCAGAGCCACUUACAAAAGAAACAGGUUCCCCCGACUCUCUUCCAGCCAUACAUAGUGGAGAUCUGCGACAGCUUGAGAGGGAAGAUCUUCCAGAAGUUCAUCGAGAGUGACAAAUUCACCCGUUUUUGUCAGUGGAAGAACGUGGAGCUCAACAUCCACCUGACCAUGAACGACUUCAGCGUGCACCGGAUCAUCGGCCGGGGCGGCUUCGGGGAGGUGUACGGCUGCAGGAAGGCCGACACGGGGAAGAUGUACGCCAUGAAGUGUUUGGACAAGAAGAGGAUCAAGAUGAAGCAGGGCGAGACGCUGGCGCUCAACGAGAGAAUCAUGCUGUCGUUAGUCAGCACAGGGGACUGCCCGUUCAUCGUGUGCAUGACGUACGCCUUCCACACCCCCGACAAGCUCUGCUUCAUCCUGGACCUCAUGAACGGUAGGAUGACCUCCGACCUCCCACACCCCCACCUGGCCACAUUAAACUCACAGUCAGUCCACGCCGAGGCGCUCAGAUCGGAUUACUCGGCCCGUCAGGUCGCUCGUCCCUCAGAGAAUCAGGAGUUGAUGGGAUUUUGACCUCACUGAUGACGCCUCACACAGUCUGUGAACGCCGCACUUUUUCCUCCCGAGGGUUUGACAGACUUCGUACGGUCAUCAAAAGUCUGGAAAAGUCAUGGAAUUUGCAAACAGGAAUUUCCAGACCUGGAAAAGUUUUCAAAAACUAAAUAUGCACUGGAAUUUUUUGGAAAAGUCAUGAAACAUUUAU